GAGUUGGUAACUCAUGCCUCUGUGUGUGGUCAUUGUUGGUGUGGUUGUUUACAGUGGGCAUGCUGACCCUACGAGCCAAACCCCCCAGUGAAGCAGAGUUCAUUGACAGCCUGCAGAAACUGAAGCUGGCCUUGAACCUCUUGGCCAAAUUGAAGAAACACAUACAGAAUCCAAGUGCGUCUGAGCUGGUUCAUUUCCUCUUUGGCCCACUGGAGCUGGUGCUGCAGAGCUGUGGGAGUCCUGAACUGGCACGUUCAAUCAUCUCGCCUCACCUUUCCAGAGAUGCCGUUGAGUUCCUGCGCGGACACCUCAGCCCCAAAGAAUUGACUAUGUUUGAGCUGCUGGGGGAGGGAUGGACCAAACCCAGAGCAGAGUGGCCCAGGGAUCAGUGUGCUCCUCCUUACUACCCAAAGUUCCGUAAUGGCUGGGAGCCACCAGCAGACUUCUUCCAGACAGCGCCAUGGGAAACAGAGGACUCCAUGGGGCCACUGCAUUCCCCCACCAGCCCUGAUUACAGGAAGCCCACAGCAGAGGAGUUUUUUGGAACUCAUUCCUCCAGCUCAUCAAACGGGUCUUACGGGAGGUCGAAAUAUGCCAAAAUUCGCUACCACUUUGUAGCCAGGAAUGCCACCGAGCUGUCAGUGCUGCAGGAUGAAAUCCUUGAGGUGAUCGAGACUGACAAACAGUGGUGGAAGCUAAGGAAUCGCAGUGGGCAGGCUGGCUACGUCCCUUAUAACCUCCUGGAUGUGGUGAAGAUCGAGGAGCCAGAAAGCGUCUUCAGCCAGGACUACAGGAUGUCCCCUCCUGGUCCUAUGAGUCCUCUGGAAGGAUUUAACCACGGCAUACACAAAGACAAACUGAUGGAUGAAGUAAACACUGAGUUAUUAACAAAGAUCACCGCUAGCAAAAGCCAACCACCGCCGAGGAAAUUUCGUGUGGAGCGACCUUCUGGCGCCCAUAUACCGCUCACCUAUGACUCUAAGCCAGAGCAGGUGAUCACAUGGCUCAGCGCAAAUGGUUUCUCAAAACCGACGGUUGACUGUUUGGGGAUCUUAACUGGAGCCCAGCUGUUUUCCCUCAACAAAGAAGAACUGAAGGCAGUGUGUGGAAACGAAGGUGGUCGUGUCUACUCUCAAGUCACUGUGCAGAAAACACAGCUAGAGAAGAGCAGUGGAGACUCAGAGCUGCAGGAGGUCAUGAAGAAGAGGCAGGAGAGGAUCGAUUCUGGCAGCAAAGACUGAACCUGUUGACCCGUGUCUCUCAUUCAGAUGCUUCCUAACAGCUUUUAAAUCAGUACGCUGUUAACAGUACAUUAUACUGAAAUGCUGUAUAAAUUUGAAUCUUAUAUUUAUUUUGUAUCAUGCAAUGUGUUGUGUAUUCAUGUGUUCUCUUAUCUAAUUAUGUUGCUUCAUGUUUUAAUUGUCUCACGAGUAUUUUGUCCUUAAAGAGAUGUUUGUGCAUGGGAAAGAAAGGAUGUACAGUUUGGUGUCUGUGGACGUGCGCGUGUGGACGUGUAUGUAACGUGCAUAUUUGUACCAGCCGCGUAGUUAAUGUUCAUGUUCAUGCUCAAUGUUAUAAUUGCAGCUGUUUAUUCAGUGAGGUGGUAAAUAAGAUUUUAGCGAUUGCAUUGUUUUCUGAAAAUCUGUGCCAGAAUUAGGGCUGAACAAUUUGGAGAAAUUACAUUUACAGAUGUUGCUUUUUUUUUUAAAGUCAAGCAAGCUUCAGUUCAUUGUUGACUGUGUAAUACAUACAAAACAUGAUUUGCAUAUGAAAUAAUCAAAAUAUGAACUAUUCUAUAUUCCAAUGCAAUGGAAGUUAAAGAUAUUGUUUCCGAUAUCUAUUGCAUUUGCAUUAAACAUAGAACAAUAAAAACUCCAAACUGCAACCCUGUGAUUUGCUAAUUGCGUUGUUUCAAGUUGUGAUUUUGAUUUGAAAACAGUGAAUUGUUCAGCCCUAGCCAGAAUGUGUGACACAUUUUCUGAUACACAGCCAAUUCUUUUCAUAUUACUGUAUACAACUAUACCAUAGUCCAUGCUAGUGCUCAUAUUCCAUGCAGUCCAGUCCUCAUCAUGGUCGAUAGCUUAUAAUUUGCAGUAGGUAUUCAUGUAAAUAAUAUUGCUGUUUGAGUUCAGAUCCUUCGGGCAAGCUUACACUACAGAGAAACUCCCACUAAUCCUGUCAGUAUCAGUGAAAUGCUGUCAUUAAUAUGUUCUUUUUUGCUUUGUGGUAUUUUGCAGUGUAAACCACACUGAAAAUAAAGUAUAUGCAGGAGGGUAUGCUGCUCUGAUGUUGAUUAAAGGAGGGUUUUUUUUUGGGACACACUGUUCAAAAAGUAAUUAAAAUAAACUUAAGUAAACAUUUGGCAUCACUGACUUUUUGUGCAUAGUUCCACCAGAGGUAAAGAAACAGUUAACACACGUUCUUCAUUGUCACAGGAGAUAAGAGACAACUAUGUAGGUGAUGGAGACAAAUGUGGAACAAACUCAAGAGUUUUCAUUUGUCUCUGGAAUCAUCAUGUUUUAUUGAUCAAUCAGUAUCAUAUAAUAGAUACAGGAAAACACUGCUUCACAUAGCUCCCUAUCAUUUCACUUACUGUUUUUAUUACACCAUGAUACUAAGUAUGAAGGCUAUGAAAACUAAACAAAAAAAAGAAAAGAAA